AAGCUGCAAUAAUAGCUGAGAUGGCUAACGAAAAGCCACGAGAGGAAGUCCUUAAACCAUUAAUGGCAGCUACUUUUAACAAUCGUCAUUCUACUAUUUCCGAAACUCCAAUAUCUGAAACAGUCAAGAUCUACCCAUCAUUGAAGUUGCCUAAUAUAAUAGAACACGAGUUUUCCUUACUUAUUAAAGAUGCCAGCAUCAAGGACAAGUUUUUGAAGGAAUGGCUCAAGUGGCAAGAAGCGAUACUAAAUUAUGCCGGAGAUUUGAAGAAAAAGGCUAUUGUUACUUUGAUGGACCAAUGUCAGGAUAGAGAUAAAGACGAUUACAAUUACAAGCAAAUCUUCACAUUAAAAAUUCUAGUGUCUCUCUUCCUAAGUAAAGGAACUACUUUUGAUGAUGCUUUUGUCCUUCUUUUUAGUGAAUAUGAAGUAGGUGUGGCUAAGGCGUAA